GUCGCGUCACGUGGGUCCGUGUCAAAGAUGGCGGCUGCCAGCGGACGGGGGAGUCGUAGCGCAGCAGUUAAGACGGGCCGGAUAAUGGACACGGGGAGCGGCGGCUCCACGGAGGAGCCGCCGGGAGGCUGCUCCGACACCGUGCUCCCGGGGUUCAGGGAUGCCGACUCCUUCGUCAAGCAUGCACUUGGCACUGUGGUGGCUGCUACUAAGGCAUCUAAUGGGCUCCCUCAGCCUGGAGAUGAAUAUGACUUCUAUCGCAGUUUUCCUGGAUUCCGGGCAUACUGUGAAACGCAAGGUGACAGGCUGCUUCACUGUAUGAGCAAGGUGAUGCAGUAUCAUGGCUGUCGCAGUCACAUCAAGGAUCGCAGCAAAGCAACAGAGUUGGAAGAUAAAUUUGAUUUGCUGGUGGACUCCAAUGAUGUAAUUCUUGAAAAAGUGGGUAUUUUACUGGAUGAAGCAGCAGGAGUGAACAAGAACCAGCAGCCUAUCCUCCCUGCAGGGAUGCAACUCCCAAAGACAAUCGUUUCCAGCUGGAACCGUAAGAGUGGAGAAUCCCACAGAACAAAGUCUGAAACCUUCCGAUUGUUACAUGCCAAGAAUAUCACUCGACCACAGCUCAGAUUUCGAGAGAAGAUUGACAAUUCCAACACUCCCUUUGUACCUAAGCUUUUUGUCAAACCCAACGCUCUGAAACCGCUGCCUGAAGCACUCGCAAAAAGCAGGCGGGAACGAAAGGAGCGUCCUGAAGACUUGGAUGUACCAGCUGCUCUGGCCGAUUUCCUCCAUCAACAGAGAACUCAGCAGACUGAACAAGACAUGUUUGCUCAUCCUUACCAGUAUGAACUGGAGCACUUUGUUCCACCAGAUGAAGCUCUCGAGAAACCACAACUUCAGAUGUACAGGCCUGUUGAAGACACACCCUGCCAUUUCAUCUCCACCUUGGAUGAGUUGGUAGAACUGAACGAAAAGCUCGUAAGCUGCAAAGAAUUUGCUGUGGAUUUGGAGCACCAUUCCUAUAGGAGUUUCCUGGGCUUGACAUGUCUGAUGCAGAUUUCCACCCGGAUGGAAGAUUUUAUUAUUGACACCCUGGAGCUACGUAGUGACAUGUAUAUUUUGAAUGAGGCCUUCACAGACCCUGCUAUUGUGAAGGUCCUUCAUGGUGCCGACUCAGAUGUGGAGUGGCUACAGAAAGAUUUUGGUCUGUACUUAGUGAACAUGUUUGAUACUCACCAGGCUGCCCGUCUCCUCAACCUUGGCAGGCACUCCCUGGACCACUUGCUAAAACUCUAUUGCCACGUGGAAACUGACAAGCGGUAUCAGCUGGCUGACUGGAGGAUUCGCCCUUUGCCAGAGGAAAUGAUCCAUUACGCCCGAGACGACACUCACUACCUGCUCUACAUUUAUGAUAAAGUGAGAGAGGCACUGUGGGAGAGAGGAAAUGGACAGCCCACUCAGCUGCAGGUGGUGUGGCAGCGCAGCAAGGACAUCUGCCUGAAGAAAUACAUCAAACCCAUCUUCUCAGAGGACUCCUACCUCGAGCUCUACAGGAGGCAGAAAAAGCAUCUCAACACACAGCAGCUAACAGCUUUUAAAUUGCUCUUUGCCUGGAGGGACAAGAUGGCACGCCAAGAGGAUGAGAGUACAGGGUAUGUGCUACCAAACCAUAUGCUAAUGAAGAUAGCAGAGGAACUGCCCAAAGAACCCCAGGGCAUCAUUGCUUGCUGCAACCCGAUCCCACCACUAGUCCGCCAACAGAUCAACGAAAUGCAUCUCCUCAUCCAACAGGCCCGAGAGAUGCCUCUGCUCAAGUCUGAAACUGCAGCGGCGGUAAAGAAGAAAGGGUCUCUGCCCAAUCCAGAGAGGCUGGAGAAUCAUUUGUUUGGACCUCAUGACAAUACACGUGUUCCUCUGGAUGAUAUUCAGAACCCCUCAGCCUUAGAACCUGCACCAGUUCUGGAAUGUGGGAGCCUCUUUUCAGACAGCGAGGGGGAGAUGGACGGCACAAGGAUAUUACCCAAUUCCGCAUGUCUUGUUGCUACAGCCACCAUCAGUAUAUUCAGUGAGCCUGAUGUGGAUGAAGGGAAUGAGAAGAACUUAACAGUCGCACAGCAGAAGGCUCAGCGCAUAAUGGAGUCCUUUGAAAAUCCGUUUAGAAUGUAUCUGCCUUCAGAACAGAAUCCUGCCCACAUCUCACAAUCAGCAAAGUUUGACCCAUCAUCAAAAAUUUAUGAAAUCAGCAAUCGGUGGAAGUUGAUGAGUCAGGCACAACUGCAGAAAGAGGCAAAGGAAGAAGCCAAAAAGAAAGCAGUACAGCAGAGAGCCGCCCGUGAACAGAUGCAGAAGGAGUGCAAAGCAACAGCAGAGAAUAUUGUCUCAGUCCGUCAGCAAGCUGUGCAGGAACAGGCCAGCAAGAAGAGGGAGAGAGUCACCAGUGAACCAGGAACAGAUACCCCGAAACAAGAGAAGAAACGGCCAAAAGCCUCCCAGCAGCCAGAGGAGCAGGAAAUGCCAAAGCAGUUCACCCCCUUUGAUUACAGCAAGUCUAACUUCAAGGUGUUCGCUGGAAACAGCAAAUCCAAGCAGUCAUCCCAGUUUGAUCCAGCCAAGCAGGCCCACACAGGCAAGAAAUUCUCUGGAGCCAGCAAACUUCAGCACCCAGCUGGAAGUAAAAGCAUGUCCUACUUGGCAGGGAAAAGUGAUCGGGGCUCCAAGCACAGCUGGCCAAAAAGAUAGUGUUGGUAAGAGAUCCUGUGAGAACUGCCAAUGAACAAAAGUCUCUGUCGAGCUGUGGAGAGGCAAAUAUCAACCACUGCUGCAGUUUUUGUACAGAAAUCUUUUAAAAAUAAUUAAAAUGCUUUUUCCAAAGGGGAAAACCAAUUUUAA